UAUUGUUGCAAGCCUCCUUGGCGAUAACUCACAAACCUACACCUAGUAGUGGGUGUGAUGAGGACAUACCAUCUAGAGAUGCACCGUCUCCACAAAUAUAUCCUUCCUAUGAUGCAAUGCAGGCAACAGUGUGUGGCGGAGGAGAGUAUCUGGAUUGGUUUAAAUGCAAACCUUGUGAAGAUGGAACAUUUAUGACACGAAGAAUGGCCGAAGGAAAGCAGUAUGCUCGGUGUUUGAGUUGUUACGAGCCAAAGUUGGUAAGUUGGGUUUGAACCAUAAACAAUUAAAAAUUAAACUGUAAACAUGUGAUUUUUUUGCGGUUUAUAUUCUGCAUAUGAUGAAUUCUCCAAGGCUUAAAGUAAAAAAAAGAAAUAUUAUUUCGAAACUUCAAUUGGAUGAUGAUGAUGUCAUGAAAUUAACAACAUCCGGGACAGGGUUCAACCAUUUUAAUUUUUGACCAGCACAUUUUUUUGAUAGGCCUCAUUUGAUUGUUAUUUAAUCAAAAAGUAUGUUUAAAAGGCCACAACGUUACAAUUUAGUUUAUACUUCACAUUUUGAUUUUUGUUAUAUUCAAGUGCACUUCAAAGAAAAGCCGCAUUUGUAUUGAUCAGAAUAACAUAAUGUUAUGUUACAUUUAGUGGUAGCUGAAGCUACGGAUUGAGAUGAAAAUUAAUAAAAGUGUUGAGAACAACAAGGAAAACGAAUUGAUUUAUUUGGUACCAACUUUCUAUCAAAUCCAGGCGUGCCAUCUGAUUAUUGUGUGUACAAACAUAUUUUCUGGCUUGGUUAAUACAUACAUUUUAUCUCUUACGCUAAGAAAUCGACCACUCUUAAAUUUGUUGCAUAGAUUAAUCAAAAGGGUUUUUAAAGGCAGCUAUACACAUUUCAAAUCCCGACUAAGUACAAAUGGCCUAUUAAAUCAAAAUUUAAAUACUUUAAUUUUAAUAAGAUAGUAGCUAUGUCUUAAUCAAGUUGUAUUCAUUUUAAUUCAUACAUAAAUUCGAUACUGUUAUUUUAAUAGAUUUUUUUUUUCGUUCAAAUUAGUACGAGAUUGUUACUGCACCAUGCACAAAGACAAGGGACGCCAUCAUCAUGUGUGAAGACGGAUAUUAUAGAAGAGACGUACCUGGAAAACCCUGUCAGUCUGAGUGUACAAGGUGCGAUGUGUGCGGUCUCGGUAGGAGCAUGUUCAAGAACUUUCAAAGGCGUGAAUGCAGUGGGUACAAAAACACAAUCUGUUGUCAUGGUUAUGACAUGGAUGCAGAAGAUGAUGUGUGUGUUUUGACAUUUAAACCCACGCAAAAUAUCAUAGAAACAACGAAAAUGACAACAAAAUCAUUCAC